CUAAAACCUCUCACCAAAACAAUGAGAUAGGGUCAUAAGUGUUCCAAGACUAGUUUCACUUUAUCUCUCAGGACUAGGGUUUUCAGGUUGCGGCUACAAUCAACAAGACGGUGACAACUAUGAAGCUAGUUACUCCUGAGAAUGAUUGUGUUACAAAGUUCUUCAGAGUGUACAUGCCUGGUAUAUCAGGAGAUGAUUUGGAGUUGCCUGUUUGUUUCAACAGCUUCUUACCAAAGCCUCUGCCUAAACACGUAACGCUUAAAAGUAUUUACGGGAAGAUUUGGAAAAUGACGUUGAGGAGAUGUGGUGGCGACCCUGAGAGAUACAUGCUGGUUAACGGGUGGAAGAGGAUCGCGAAGGACGAGUCUCUGACCACUGGAAACGUACUGGAGUUUCAAUUGGAUGAUGAUGGCUCGCUGUGUUUCAACUUCUCUAUCUACGAGCCUCUCACCAUGUGUAAAAGACUCGGAACAACAACUUCAGUGCAAGAAACCGAAAAUGCUGAUGACGUUUUGGUUCUUAGUGAUGAUGAUGAUGAUGAGGAUUCUGAUUACAGUUGUGCUGACGAUACUGAUGCUAGUGCUGAAGAUGAUGAUCAUGGUGUUGCGGCUGGUGAUGAAGAUGUAGCGCUUGAUGGUUCUGAUGAUGAUGCUGAGGCAAACCAUGAUGAUGACAGACGAUAUCUAGAUGAUCGCAGCAACGCGUUUUUUCGAGUGAAGAUCAAUCCGAAGAAGAUAAGCCAAUUGCGCAUACCAUCUAAGGUUAUAAAUGACUACGGCUUAUCCUUCUCCGAGACCGAGAGUAUAGUUAUCAUCGAUCCACUCGUGAAGAAGUUCGGGAAGCUGUCGAAGAAAAUGAAGGUUCAGACGAACGGCAGUGUGUUUAUCAAAGGGUAUGGAGCUGUUUACAGGAGGAAUGGUGUGAGGUCGACGGACAAAAUGAUAUGCGAGUUGAAGAAGGCGGGUAACAACAAUGUGGUUCACACUAUCAAGUUUCACGUUAUCAAGUAGACUCUUAUGACGUGAGUGUUACCUAGUGUUUAUGGUUAUUUAUCUUGUAGUGUUGUCAAGUUUAAAUCGACUCUGUUGAGUUGAUGUUUAGCUACUAUCUAUUUGUUUUAAGUAUUCUAGUUAAAUCAAGA